AUGUCGACGCCGGCUCCAGCAAAUGCGGAUCAAGCAGGUAGUUUUGCGUCGGAAAAUUGUCAUUUUUGGCUUUUUAAUGCUUUCCAAACGCUUCUAUGAUUUAAAAAAGCUUGCGAAAGGGGCAUGGGAAAAAGCAGGGAAUUUUUGGCGCGAAAAUUUAAAUUUCUAAAUAUUCUAAGUGCUGGUUGGUGCGUUUUCAAAUGUGUCAGGGAACUGUUAGGAAAGGAUCCUUAUAUUUUUUGGGGCGUUUUUGAUUUUAGAUCAAUUUUCAGUGCGUAGAAUUAAUAGUUUGAUUACAAAAUCCGUUAAAAAGGUGCGAAAUAGAGCGGAACUUUUUGAGAAACAAAUUUUUUAAAGCAUUGGUCUUGCAACGAUCCUAAUUAUACUUUGCGCUCUUACGGCGUGUUUAAAGUUAUUCCGCGAAAUUCAAAAUAAGCGUCAGAGAAAGAAAAAGACUACUAAAUUUUAGAUGGCCAGAGAUAAUUUGGCGGAAAUUACUUUGAACACGGCAUUAAUGUUAGCGAAACAUUCGUAUAAAUGAAAGUUUAUUUUUAAAAAAUGGUUUUUGUGUUUUUCUCGGGGUCUAAUAUGUUUGCAUUGUGCCUAAAAGGUAAUCAAAGGAUUAAUGCAUUGUUUUCUGUGAUAUUCUUUUUUUUCUGGUUCUUAUAGAAUUUCUAACAAAAGUAAUGAACAGCAAACUAAAUGUAGAAGUUUGUAUGUCACACUUUUUUAAAAACUAAUAUAGAGAAGGAACUAGAAAUCAUAAUCAGAGCAAGUAAAAAGUGACUAAUGAGUAUGGAAGUAUCCUUCAGGAUUCAUUUAAUCGUAUAAACCUGAGCGUGUUUUGAGAAUUUUUCGAUUUAUAUUCAUAAGAAAAUAUUUAUUCAGAUCUAAAUAUCGAGUUAAAUGCCUUUUUUGGACUAGAAAAAUGUCACGAACUACAUUUUUAAUCUCUAGUCUGGGACACAAAUCUCUGUCGGUUUUUCCGUGCUUUUUUUAAAACCGAUCGUGAUUUAUCACGUAGUUAUAGAUCUUUCAUUUUCCAGCUACUGAAAAAGACGAUUUUUUUUCGGGGAAAAUAAAUUUUAGGAGAAAAAUCAAAAGCUUCCAUUUUUUGUGGUUUUCUGUUGAUUUAUGGAGGAAAAUCGUGGGUUUUCAUCAGCUUACAUUUAAUUACUAACCCGUACGGCUCACACUAUGAAAAAUGCUUUUUUCCUUCCUCAAAAGCCGCCAUUUUUCAAACGAGAGAAAAAAAUCUCUCCUUUGACAUUUAGCUUUUUUCCCUCGAGACAAUUUCGCGGGUAAAAAAUUGUUUUGAGUUUUCUCUCUUGAUAUCCGUUUUGUCGUUUCGCCAAUUACAUUUGUCCAUGUUUUAACAGCUCAUCUUCGCUUUUUCUUCAGAUUUCUGUCUUUUAUGUCGCUUCACUAACGACGUUCCAUGUUAUUCUUGUUGGAUUUGUAUUUUGAAAAUGUGUUUUUUGCAGCAGAGAAAAGGGUAAUGACGGAAUACAAGUUGGUGGUGGUCGGCGAUGGAGGCGUCGGAAAGUCGGCGCUGACCAUCCAACUCAUUCAGAACCACUUCGUCGAGGAGUACGACCCCACCAUUGAAGACAGUUAUAGGAAACAGGCGAGUUGAGGAGUUUCAGGGUUAUUAAUGAUUAUUUCGGGAUAAACGGUUUAAAAAUGGUCUCUGCGCAUAGAGCAGCACUAGCAGCAGUUUCAGUGCGGAAAUUAAUGUAAUUUUUAUCUGGGGUCUGGAUGAUUUUUGAGGUCUGGGGGGGGAUUUUUUUAAGAAACAUAAAGUUCUUUACGUAAAAAAAUAAAAGAGCCGUCGAAAACUUUUCGACAAUAAAGAUUUGGCAGAAUGAAAGGUCUAACAAGGCUUUUUAUUGUCAAAAAAACAAUUCGCAAUAAUUUUUUUCACGUUUAAAUGAGAUUUUUUUAGACUGAAAUGCUUUGAUCAUGGGUAAAUUUUUAAGCUUUUAUGAGCUUUACAAAUUUUCUUUCAAUCCAGGAAAGUUUGCGUAUUCAAAAAAAGUAUUCCAGAAAAAAAGUUUUUUUAUCAAUUUUUCAGAGAUGUUUUUUUAAAAGUUUUUUUGGAGUCUUUUUUUCUGGUGGCUAUACUUUUUGUCAUCAGUUUGGUGCGAGAGAAUAAAAAAAUGGUUCGAAAAUUUGAUUUUUUUCACUUUUUUUGCUCAUAUCAAAAUUUAAUUGAAGAUAUUUUUCAUAGGCAUUGAGAAGUAAAUUUCAUUAUAAAUUUUUUUCUAAAUUUCGCUUUCAACCUUUUUUUAAUGAUAAUAUGCUGUGGUUUUUUUGAAAUAUGAAAAAAAUUCUCCUUAUCAAAGAUUAAUGUAAGUAUUUCAUAAUGAUGACCAAGUAAUGUUUUUCAGCUUCUGAAAGCUUUUUAACUAGAUAAUUUCACGAUUAGUCAUCCGUUAUUUCUGUAGGAAUUUAAUGAAUCACACUUGCCUUGAUAUUACUAAUAAAGAUAGAUAAAAAGUUGAGGAUGAUUAUUUGUUCAAUUGCGGAGUAAUUCCUAUUAUAAUUUCCGUUUUUUGCAACUAGACAUUCGCCUUGGCAAAAGACGAUUCUUAAAGAAAGUCGAUGAUAAGCGGAACCGGUUUUCUGAAAAGAAAAAAGUGACCGAGAAUCGAGAAAAUGAGCGUUCAAACGCUUAGAUUGCAGUUUUCGUUUUAAUUUGCAGAGAAGACAGAAACAUGUCAAUUUUGAGAAUAUUUUCUGGACAAAAGAUAUUUCACAAUACUUUUAAAGUACUGGUAGUAGAGACGGAGCUGCGAAAAAAAAAAAAAACCUCAAAUACCGAAAUUUCAGUUUGUUCUCACUUGGCGCCAACUUUUCCUGGAAAAUUCCUUGCGCAAACAGUUGUAAUUGUCUCUUUCCAUCUUUUCUUUCACUUUUCUUGGAGUCUAUCGUUUUCGAACUGAUAAGAGAGGGGUUCUUUGCAGUUUUUUGUUAAAUAAUUGUUCGUGCAAUGAACUACAAAACGAAUUGGAAUGAUGUUGGGUUCUUAGAAAUUUAUCUUCUCGGCCGAUAGAACAUGGGGAUAGGAAGAGGAGUUAUUAUAAGCUUUUGGGGGUUGGAAAAUAUUUAGAGUUAAAGAGGUAGUUUUAGUGUAUUCUUCGUUUUUCUGAAAAUAGUCUGAAAAUAAGCUUUUGGAAUGCCAAAGUAGUCCCUAUAGGAGCUAGGAGAAACAACAGUCAUCAUGAGACGGGAAAGUGCCCACUAUAGGGUAAAACUCCCUAUGUCCCUAUAAGGACUGUCCCCUGACUUCUAAAGCUUGAGUGGUCCCUAGUUAGGAAUCUUCGAGGGCCCCUAAGAAUGCCCCUAUAGAGGCCUCUUUGGAGAAAAACGGAAAAGGGCGCACUAUAGGUGUAAAAUUGAAGGGAUCCUUAUAGGGGUUUACGAACUUUUUCCUGGCCACUAAAGGUCAAGUGGCCCCUAGAGGGAAACCUUCAAGGGCCCUUAAGACUGCCUCUAUAUAGAAUUCUUUGCAGUUUCUGGAAGUAAAUUGAGUUUCUAAGCCAGAACCGAAAGAGAUGAAUUUUGGGAAAAUCCUGAGGCGAAAAAAUUUUCCGCCAUUUUCCUGAAAAUAGAGAAAGCCUGAAACUUCUUCGUUUAUUAAAAAAUUCAAAGAGGGAAGAAAAAAUGGGGAGAUUUUUAAGUUCCAAGAAGAUCACAAAAACCAUUUUCCACUUCAUUUUAUUGCAUACGGAAAAACGUUUCCAAAAAUCAUUCCCUGUUUUUUUCCGGGUUUUCCAUCAUCUGCCUCGUUUUCUUGCACUUUUGCCGCGUGACGCACAUUUUCCAACGGGUCGGUCGCGGGCUUUUCCAGCUCGCGAACGACUUUUUGUUGAUCUGAGUCGGAAGGGAUGAGGAAAGGGCACGGAUUUCGCAAGGAUCAGGUGCACUGCGUGAAGGAGGGAAUUAUGAGGGAAGAUUAGGGCUUUUGGGGGGAUUUGGAAUGCCGCACGGAUGUGCGAUACAGUGGAGUUGCAUGGUUAUUUAUAGAUGUAUAUGGGGAAGGUAUUAGAGUACUUUUUAUGAUAUACGUGAUGAAGAGGAGAAUGUUCUUUUUAAAUUAUUCUGGAGGAAAAACUAGAAUUGACGAACUUUGGGAAAUUUCAAGCUUUUAUGGUGAAAAGGUUCACAUAAAAUUGAAAAAGAAGAGUUUACGCACAAAAAUAAUAAUUCAAUCUUUGAAAAAAAAAAUAUACACUACUAACUCUCAUGCUGAGGAGGUUAACUAACCGGGCUGACCCGGGGUCUCGGCGGGUGUACCCGUAGCCCGAAUAAGCACUGUUAUUAGAACUUUUGGCAUGCUUUAUCAAAACUGAACGCCCGUUUCAGCCCAUUUUGGUCCAAGAUUUCCUAUUUCUUCUUGCGCCCGUUUUAGCCCGACUGAGACUCAAAUAGCGUGAAAAGUACGGAUACACCCGUAGAGACACCUGGUCAACAUGAGAGAAGGAACCAACUUUGACAUUAUUUCACUGGGAAAAUUUUUAGAGGUCAUUAUAGAGGCUCGCCAAGGAUUACUUGGAGAGGACUCUAAAAUGGCCACUAAAACCACCUCUUAAGUGGCUACUAUAGUAGUUUCAGUGCGUCUUGUAGUAGCACUUAGACCUCUAUAGUGGCCACUAAUUUUUAAGCCCUGAAGUGGCCACUAAUUUGACUACUACAGUGGCCACUAAAACGGCAAAACCCUAUAGGGGCCACUAAAAAUUUUUAUUUUUUUAACCGUGCAAUGAAUCUUCUACCUUUAUAAAAAAUCUCAGAAAAUAAUGAUAAUUAUUAAUUUUUUUUUUCUCUUUUUAUUCUAGUGACCUUUUUUUCAUUACUCUUAUUUUUCCAGGUGGUGAUCGAUGGCGAAACGUGCCUUCUGGACAUUCUGGACACGGCCGGACAGGAAGAAUACUCCGCCAUGAGGGAUCAGUACAUGAGAACUGGUGAUUUUGAAAAAAAAAAUCCAUUUUAUAGAAUAUUUUCCAGGCGAAGGAUUCCUGUUGGUCUUCGCCGUCAACGAGUCGAAGUCGUUCGAGAACGUGGCCAAUUAUCGCGAACAGAUCCGGAGGGUCAAGGAUAGCGAUGAUGUUGGAUUUUGAAUCGAUUUCAUGGAAAAAAUUGGGAAAUCUUAGAAAAAUAAUUUUCUUGAGUUUUUCCGAUUUUUCCGAUUUUUCGAAAAUUUGUGGUUGAUAUUCUUUGAAGCUUGGAAAUAGAACUGGCUAAAAGCAAAAGUUGUGAAAAUUUAGGUUAGUGGCCACUUUAGGGUUUUGAAAUUGUAGUGGCCACUAUAGUAGUCCAUUUAACUGCCACUCAAGGGGCUAAAAAUUUUUCGUCUCUAUAAAAAUUUACGUGAUACUACUAGGCCGCUGAAAAACUACUAAAGUGGCCGCUUAGACGCAAAUUUUGACAUCUAUAGGUGGUUUUAGUGGCCACUUCAGUGUCCUCUUCAUGAAGUCCUUGAGGAACCCCUUAAGGGGACACCAAAAUUUUUUUUACCGUAAUUUGAACGAAAACCCAGUGUUUAGAGGCCAUUUUAAAGUUGCAAUAAGGAAAAGUUUGUCACAGAUAAAACAGAUUUUGAUUGUUUUUUUUUUCUCUUUUAUAUGAUUUAUAAAAAUUCCUAUAUUAUAAAUUGCGUGUCUUUGUUUUAAAAUAAACUUAUAUUUGUCCAUUCUCAGUAAAUAUACUUUAAUUCAGGUUCCAAUGGUUCUUGUCGGCAACAAGUGUGAUUUGCAAUCGCGCGCCGUGGAUAAUCGUACGGUCAGCGAUACUGCUAAAGGAUACGGUAGAAAAUUCUUUUUUUCUUGAAGUAAAAUGAGAAUUUUUAGGAAUCCCAAGCGUUGAUACGUCGGCGAAAACACGAAUGGGCGUCGAUGACGCUUUUUACACGCUUGUUAGGGAAAUUCGGAAGGUAAAUUUGUUGGUUUUAUCCUGGAAAAACGGGAAAACCCGUAUUUGACGCGAAAAUUUCAUCAAAAAGGAUGGAAAACGUUUGAGAGAUCACUAUAGGGCUUUGAGGCUUUAGUGACCACUAUAGCAUUCGAAUUAAGGAACACUUAAGUGGCUAAAAUGUAGUGGCCUCUCUAGAAAGUACUGCUAAGACACUUACAGCUACUAUGGGGACCACUACGGCGCAAAUUAGCGCCUUCUUUGUGAUUUUAGUGGCCUCUUUAGUGCCCACUCCGAGAAGUCGUUGAGGAACCUCUUAAGUGGCCACUAAAGCUUUUAGUACCUACUUUUUAUUUUGAAAAUGAUGCUUAGGCUUAGGCUGAAAAGAUAGUUUAACUAUGAAUUAGGUAAAAAAAAUAAAAUAAAAGGACGACUCGAUUUUUGCGAGUUUUACUUUCAAUAGUUCUUUCAACUGAAUACUGGGUUUCUUUUGGGACAUAACUCGGAAAAUAAUUUUCUUCCCCUCUCAGGAUGAUUUUGAACUGUUUCAGUGUGUUUGUAAAACCCUUGUGAGAGAGUUUGAAGUCGCAGAAGCCUUUAUUGAAGUCAAAUAGCACGAAAACGUCGUUUCGCAUCGAAAACUUCUUAGAAUCAGACCAUUCGCCUUUAAAAACCCCUAACAAUGACAUUUGAGUCGCUGCGCAGCGAAAUUCUGACACGAGAUGAUGAAAAAAGUGCAUUUUUCAGCACCGCGAACGCCACGAUAACAACCGGCCGCAGAAGAAGAAGAAGUGCUCAAUACUGUAA